AUGCACGAUAAGAAUCUGGCUUUAAGCCACUCAAAUACUUUGAACAAUCAAUGUAGCGUGCUAAUCGAUACCCUUUCUGGUCUGGCUUUAAAGCGGAAAACAUAUUUAGAGAUUCAUGAUAGUUUGCUAGAGGAAAAGUUUGGUGAUGCUGCUGAUAUUGUCGGUGGAUGGAGAAGAAUGGACAGGAGGAAAAACUUUAUUUUGUACACUUUUAAUUAA